AUAUGCGAACAACCCUAUUGAACACGCUACACGGACGUAAAAGCUCUUUUGAAGACACAUCGAAAUCGCUCGUGUGGUCCUACAAUUUUCUCGUAGAAAGUUAAAUCUAUUUUAUACACAAAAGAGGGAAUCGUGGCGUUUGCAGACUCGAUCUAUCUGGCAAAUAAUUCUUCGGACUAAAAGCAGAUCGAGAAACUUGGAAUUGUAGUGAUCAUAUAUAACACCAAAAUGUCUGAAGAAACGUCAGCUGAUCGCAAUGUUGAAAUAUGGAAAAUUAAGAAACUAAUUAAAAGUCUGGAAAUGGCUCGAGGUAAUGGCACUAGUAUGAUAUCCCUCAUUAUUCCACCCAAGGAUCAAAUAUCACGUGUCAGCAAAAUGUUAGCUGAUGAAUUUGGCACGGCCUCGAACAUCAAGUCGCGUGUAAAUCGCCUCUCCGUUUUGGGUGCUAUCACUUCGGUACAACACAGACUGAAAUUGUACACUAAAGUGCCCCCCAAUGGAUUGGUGAUUUAUUGCGGCACCAUUGUUACCGAUGAAGGAAAAGAAAAGAAGGUUAACAUUGAUUUUGAACCCUUUAAGCCCAUUAAUACUUCAUUGUACUUGUGUGACAAUAAGUUUCAUACUGAAGCUCUUACUGCCCUCUUGGCUGAUGAUAAUAAAUUUGGCUUCAUUGUCAUGGAUGGUAAUGGAGCGUUGUUUGGUACCUUGCAGGGUAACACAAGAGAUGUGUUGCAUAAAUUCACUGUAGAUUUGCCGAAGAAACACGGAAGAGGUGGUCAAUCUGCUUUGCGUUUUGCCCGUUUACGUAUGGAAAAACGUCACAAUUACGUGCGAAAAGUUGCUGAAGUGGCUACUCAGUUGUUCAUUACCAACGAUAAGCCGAAUGUGGCUGGUUUAAUUCUAGCUGGUAGUGCGGACUUCAAAACUGAGCUUGGCCAGUCUGAUAUGUUUGAUCCACGAUUGCAAUCCAAAAUCAUCAAAAUGGUCGAUGUGUCUUAUGGUGGUGAAAAUGGAUUCAAUCAAGCCAUUGAGCUGGCGGCUGAGUCAUUGCAAAACGUCAAAUUCAUACAAGAGAAAAAACUCAUUGGCCGUUACUUCGAUGAGAUCUCUCAGGACACGGGCAAAUAUUGUUUUGGAAUUGAAGAUACAUUGCGUGCGCUAGAACUGGGAUCUGUCGAGACAUUGAUCUGUUGGGAGAACUUAGAUAUUCAGAGAUACGUUUUGAAGAAUCAUGCAAAUGCAACGUCAAAUACAGUAUUACAUUUGACGCCAGAGCAAGAAAAAGACAAAUCUCACUUUACGGAUAAAGAGACUGGAGUUGAAAUGGAACUUGUUGAAUCACUGCCGCUGUUGGAAUGGCUAGCGAACAAUUAUAAAAUAUUUGGUGCCACACUUGAAAUUAUUACCGAUAGAUCCCAGGAGGGAAGUCAAUUUGUGCGCGGCUUUGGUGGCAUAGGUGGCAUCCUUCGCUACAAAGUGGACUUCCAAAGCAUGCAGCUUGAUGAUUUGGACAAUGAGGACUUCGAUUUAGACGAUUACUAGAUAAUUUUACAACGAUGAAGCUGUUUCACCGGAAGUCCGUAUUUGAAAAAUUGCUCCUGUUUCCCCCCUUCCAGUCACUACAGCUUACGCGCUACAGUCGACAGUUUUAAAUAUAUAUUAUUUUUUUUAAUGUUAUUUGAAUUCAACACACACAUUCGAAACUAUGUUAAAUUCACUUUGGAUUUCCUCUCCCAGCAGCCAAAAUAACAUACGUACAUACAUACAUAUAUAUGCAGAGAGUUGGAGGAUCUUUUUACUUGAAAAUACCAUACAUAUUGAAAAUUGGAAAUGGAAUAUUGAUACAAAUGUUUACAAAACUAUAUGUACCACAUAUCUUUUAACAUUUAGCAUUGCUGUAAUAAAUGAAAAUAUACAUACAUAUUCAAUUUCGAAACAAUAAAAACCGUAAAACUAA